UGUUGAUUUCUCAGGUUAUAAUACGAUACGGCGGGCCAUAUAAAAAUGAGCAUUAUAACUUGAGCAAUUGGGUUUAGGUUAUAGCGUGCGCGAGCGCAAGUCAGUCACUGCCUUGUGGCGUAGUAGUGACGUCAGCGUCAAACUGACCGAUAGCGAUCGAACUAUUUCGCGCAGGUUCUUAAUGUCACCGUGGCUCCGCGGUCAACUGUUGGUCUACAGCGCAGAUGAUCGUCGGUUCAAAUCCUGGCGAAUGGCAAUACUUUUUCCUUUAUUUUUAGGGCGUUAUUCCGCUUUUAAAAUAGUAACGACAUGCAAAUAGCGAGUCAUUCCAGAUCGCAUUUCAAGGUGUGCGGUUGUUACAAUUAAACUUGUACCCGCCAUGGAAAAAUACAAAUCAAAAAUGUAAUUUGUGCAGAGAAAUGUAUUUAAAGUGCAAUUAAGGAAAUAUUACUUUGUUUUUGAAGUGUAAUUUACAAGAUCGAUAAGGGCUUGUGGACAUGCCCUUUAAGAUCCGAUGGACAAUUAGAGAUAGAAGUGCACCCUUAUGGUUACGCUAGCCGAGGGCAGGAUCAGCAGGGUUCCCAGACUUUGAGUUUAAAUCCCUCUUGGCGCUCAACAAACCUUAGUUUACGUAUUAGUCUUAAGUUUAUUUUAGCAACUAGUUUACUUCUUUAUUAUGUUUUAUGUCCUUAAUCCGUCGUUUUAUUGCUCAUACCGUUUUCAAUACGUAAUAAAUAGCGCCCAACGUUUUAAACUUACGGUGUUGCAAAUACGGGUAACGGCGGAUGACUGGCAAGUUUGAAUAGUGUAACGAACAUUUUGUUUGGAGGUGUAAGGUAUUAAAUUUCAUUACUUAGGAUUUGGUUUAUGCAGUACUAGUGUUAUUUCGCUGUGUUUUAGUUAUAUUCACGCUUUGUUUGAUUUAAUUGUUUAUAAGUACUUGUGUGUACGGGUUGAUGUGUUUUUAUACUUUUAGGGUGUGUUAAUUUUUAAGUAAGUUUUUCUGUUUUUUUUUUGUGCUAAUAAUUUGGUGAUAUUUUUUUUGUGAUAUAGUAAUAUAUUUGGUAAUUGUUUUUUUUGGUAGCUUUUAUGGUUACAGUUAACGUGGAUAAAAAUAUCAGACAUCCGUUGUUAAUUUUCUUUUGUGUUGGUAGUGUGUUAUUAUUAUUGUGUGUUGGUUAAAGAUUAGUACUUACAUAAAUUUUGGUAGAUUUAUCUUGCAAGAUGGAUCCGAACUAUCUUUUGAAAGACGAACUGGAAUAUGAGCUAGAAUGUCGAGGGGUUAUUUUACAAAGUACGGUGCCGGUUUUAAAAAGGGUUUUGAAGGAAUUGUUGAUCGCGGAGUCGUCGGAUGCUCCGGGGCACGAGGUUAAGGCACCAGUUAAUAGUGUCAGAUCUGUUAAGUCAGAAUUGGAUAUUUGUACAAAGAAGCUAGGUAUUUUGUCUAGCUACAUUAGUGAGUUAGUAGGGAAGCCAGACAAAGCGUUGUUCAAAAGAUUGGUGUCUAGAUUGUACCAUGUACAGAAUAGAGUGAGUUUGAUUGUAGAAUUGGAGGACGACGAAGGGGUUCGGAAGGAUGCGUUGGAGCAGCAAUGUCAGGUUCUGUUAGAAAAAUUAGAGGGUCAGGACGACGGCUGUGAGGAUGAGCAUUUAACGGCAGAUGAUGAGGCUGUUUUGCAACAGUCGUUAGGUGAUUUGGGGGUCAAAAUAGUGGAAAAGCUGAAUAUUGCAGGGCGCUCUACGGAGCCAGACGCAGGGUCUAUACCAGAGAGUGGGAACGCUGUGAAGCUGGAGGAUAAUAGUGCUUCGAAUAAAAGUGUUUACUUUGGUAUUGGUCAUAGGAAUGAACAUGUAGAUACUGGAAGGUCUAGAUUGUUGCGUUCUUCUACUAUUGAUGAAGAGUAUCCAAAGCGGAAGCUAGUACCGUUAUAUCAAUGGGGGCUUAAGUUUUCGGGAUCUAAUAUGAGCAUUGAUGCGUUUUUAGAACGCGUAUCAGAGCUUAGGGAUGCCAGGAACGCUACAGACCAAGAUUUAUGGCGUUAUGCUAUAGACCUUUUUGAAGCAGAUGCCUUGAUUUGGUAUAGGGCUAAUAAGGAAUUUGUCCACAGUUGGGAAGAACUGGUACUUUUACUGAAGAGAUCAUUUCAGAAGCCGUUCUAUCAGGAAGAGUUGUUAGCGGAAAUAAGAGCCAGGACGCAGGGGAGUGAUGAGACGGUGGUGAUUUACAUUUCUAUCAUGCAAAAUAUGUUCAAUAGGCUACCAAAAAAGUUACCGGAGCGUGAAAAGCUUAGCAUAUUGUUAAGGAACAUCCAACCAUAUUAUCAGCGGGCCGUGUGUAGGGAUGAAUUUUCUUCAGUGUCAGAUCUGAGCAAUGUUCUAAGGAUUGUGGAGAGAACAAAAAUUAGUUGUGACAGUUUUGUAGAACCGAAGAGCGUUAAGAACAUAUUAGAACCGGAUUUAGCAUAUAAAGUGAAUAACAAAGAGGGGAACGGGAAGGAAAUUAUGGAGAUGGAAGAAGUUGCUGAAUUGAACAGUAAACCGAUGGCGGUCACUAGUAGGUGCUGGAACUGUAGAGAGAGUGGACACUUAUUCCGGAAUUGUAAGCUACCGAGACAAAGAUUAUUCUGCUUUAAGUGCGGUCGGUUUGGAACAACGACGAAAGAUUGCACAUGUAAGGGAAACGCGGUGGGGGGAAGUCAGAAAUCUGCCCCGUAGACUUUCCCCAACAAAAUAAAACUUCAGAGUGGCUGGAUUGGCUCGGGGUAAUUAAAAGUUAUUUUUCGCAUACAGAUGAUAAGCUAUGUCCGGUGGUGAUAAACAAAGAAGGGGACAACAGGUCUUAUGUUAAGUUAAGGAUUUUACACAAGGAUUUUGUGGGGAUGUUGGACAAUGGAGCCAUGCGGACCGUUAUGGACAGAGGUUUGGCAAAUACGUUGGCAUCAAUGGGGCUUAAAAGCUAUAAGGUUGUACCAAAGUUAAUAGCCACAGCGGAUAAAACUAAGCAUAGUAUCUCAGAAAUUUUCGAUGUCCCUAUACUAUUUGAUGAUCAAUUUAGGGUCAUGUCAAUCAUGGUAAUGCCAGCGUUAGGCCAGCCACUGAUAUUGGGAAAAGAUUUUUUUGAUGAGUUUGGGAUAGAGUUGAAGUUCAGAGGGGAAACAAGUGAAAUCAUGUGCUUAGGGGACAC